AUGAUCUUCGGAGGGAAUGAGAUUAAUAGGUUCACCUUUUCGACAGCAAAGAAGACGAAAGUAUCAAUAACUCAUAGUAAAAGCCUCCGGGAAGACGAUAUCACUUUCACGGAGGAAGAUGCAGAUGGAUUGUUGCUACCACACAAUGAUGCACUGGUAAUUUCUUUAAAUGUGCUGGAUUUUAAGAUUAAACGUGUUCUAGUGGAUCCAGGAAGUUCAGCUAAUAUCAUACAAUGGAGAAUCCUGGAGCAAGCUAAACUCACUAGAAGCAUUAUUCCGACAACAAAGCUCCUUGCUGGAUUCAACGUCGCGAGCGUAACAACCCAGGAAGAAAUUUUGCUGCUCAUGAACGCUGAAGGGGUAAUAAAAACAACUCUCUUCAAAGUUGUAGACGGAGACAUGGGAUACUAUAUCAUCCUAGGAAGGCCAUGGUUACACGAGAUGAAAAGUUGUGCCCUCAACGUAUCACCAAUUGUUGAAAUUUCCGACACCUGA